GGCCGAGUAAAUUCCUCCGAGUUCGAAUGUAGUUCGCGUAACACGUUCGAAGAUGUCGACAUCGACGAUUCUCGCUCUAAAACUGCGAAAUGCUCUCAUGUUAAACCCGAACCUGCUAGCAACUAAACCUCGCUUAAAUGUCAUUCACAACUGAACGCUUACGUCAGUCCGUUCUCAGAGAGUUUGGAAGGGUCUUCUCUCUGAUUGUAGUUGCCAGGGCAGAAGAUUCUUCUUGUGGAUGCUCAGCUGUUGAAAGCAAUCGACCGUGUGGCCAGCAUGUCCAUUUUAAGACAGUUGUCGGUCACCAAGGUGUUCAAAAUUGCUGAAAGUCCUCCGAAGGCGGACUAUGAGAGGAUUGCUUAUAUGGUCCCACCAGAGUUUAGCUCAUGCUUAUCGGUAAUUAAACAUUGUGAAGUGGAUCAAUCGAAUAAUAUCAAACGAACGAGAUUGAUAAUAUUUGUCCCCAAAGAGACUGUAGCAGUGACCUAUCUUUUGGAAUCUCGAGGUUUUCUUGGUCGACAUUUAUGUACCACAAGUUUAUCACUCAGUUGGAUUCAAUUAGAUACAGAUUUGUUAACAUUGAAUUUGCCGACGCUAUUUUCAGACUACUAUUUAUACAAAGAUUAUUGUUGGCCUCAUUAUAUGGGCAUGGAGUUGGGACGUUUGCUUAAAUUAACGAGUGAAAGUGAUUUAGCUCCCAUGGGUUGUCGAGUAAGUCUAUAAUAUUAUUUACAAAAACAUUGAUGAUAGAUUACUCCUAGGUAAAAUAAAAAAACUUGUCAUCGUAGUGUUUUAGCUAUAAUAAGCAUUUAUAUAAUAUGAUUGUACAAACGGACCUUUUAAGCAGCUCACAAACAAAUUAAUUGUGCAAAACCAGAGACUAGUAUGCUUGUAUGAUUUUUAUGUUAGUCUAUUGAUGCCGCUUUUGUGAUUAAACUUAUUUGUCAUUUCAUCAGAUCGUCAUGCUUUGUUUUAUUAACGUUGUCUGUAUUUCUAAUGGUUUUUGACUUUUUCGGGGCUUCUUUUGUUAUUUCAUAUGAUAUAAUGUUACACUAUGGCUUAAUUAACUCUUUUGGAGAUAUUAUUGUCCAUAGUCGUUUCAAAGCAAUCACACAAUUUUUAGACUUAGUUUUUAUCAUCUCAUUUUUUAAUUCCCUGUUUGACUGGUGUAAUGUGGUUUUUCAGAUUCCUGAAAAUAAGUAGUGCAUCAUCCUAAUAGGAUUCUUUAGUUGUUAACUACAUAAACAAUGAUUUAGUAGUCGAAUUAUUUUUGAAUUUAUCUACAUUACUUUCUAAAUUUUGUUUCAUCUCACCCUUCUACAUCAUAAAGUGUCUAUGAACAUUAUUGUAACCGAAAUUUUGUUUCGAUUACUGAUUUUAAAAGUUUAUCAUUUUAUCACUCUUAUUUCAGUAAUAUUGAAUUCAUAUCUGGUAGAAUAUUCACUUCUGACAUUUAAAUGUGUAGGUAGAAUUUUUCACUCUGCUAAGUUUUGGUUUAAGUUAACACGUAAAUUUUAUCAAUAUAUUAUAAAUCACAGCUUUUUGAAGAUUAAAAAUUGAGUUUUUAUUGUAAAUUUAUAACGUAAUGUAUUUGUAAAACCCUUUUAAUAAGUAACUAGACUAUUAGUGAUAGCCUAGGUUAAAAUGAGCUUUAUUGUUGAUCCACAGUUAUAGGUCAUAGGUAGGAGAGCAUGACUUAAAAUAUGUCGCAGUAGUGUCAAUGUACUUCCUUUCCUUACUCUAAGUAGUAAACAUCUGAUUACUACAUAUCCUCGAUUCUAUAUCAUAAAUUGAUUCCAUUCUUGUAAUCCUUUGUAGAGGCUAGUAUCCUCUAUAUCUGACUCUAAUAAAUAGUAACCCGUUAGCUGAGUAUUUAAUGCAGGCUAAAUCUCCUAGUAGAAUUAUGGAUUUACUCGAGAUUAUUCAAAAGCCCGAACAUCAAUUAUAGAGAUAGUUUGUUGUUAAGGAUUGGUAAAAUUCGCAAGUGUACACGAAGCAAGCACACAGGGAAAACAAGAGUGUAUGUAUGUGAGUGUGAGUGUUAAAAACCCAUAUAUAUUUCUAUGUGUUAAUCAAGUAUGGAUAAAUUAUUGAUUGUCUGUGUAUUACAACCAAUGAGAGAAUAGAUUAAAAAUUGACAUGUGGUCAAUCAGACUCACAUAAAAUUACAUGGUGGAUCAAGUGUCUAACUUACAAUUAACAGAUAGAUAAUACAGUAGUGGAAUAGGCUUACUACACCCUUACCAUCGUCAAGUCACUGUUCCCUCUUGUUUUCAACUAAACAUUUAUCAUAGCAUGCUCAAUUUAUUCGAAAUUAUCAAAUCAAACCUUGGUAAUGAUACAUAUUUAUCAUAGCAGUUGUUCAACAGUAAAUGUAGACAUGUUUUAUUAAUCUUAGUGCUUGUCUUCACUAACCACUAGAUUCAUGCUUUCGGAGAGGCAUCCCAUGUGGUUGCUGCUGGUAUUCGUUUAUACUGUAUUCAGUCAGGCCUGGUCAGUUUGGAUAGGAAGGUUUCAACUGUUAAUGGUACCCAGUCAAAUUAUCGAAGUAAUGUAUCUGUUUCUGAUGAAAGUGUCUUAACUCCUACCAGCUCAUUAAAAAUUCUGGGCUCACAAUCAUCAUCUACGUCAUUGUCAACUACUUUUGCACGUCCACCACCUUUGGUUCUUGUAUUCAGUCGUGGUUAGUUCUCAUACAUUCCCUUUUGUGAUUCUUUUAAAAAUAAUACGGAAAAUUAAUCAUUAUUUACACUGCCAUAGAGUCUAAUCAGUGUGAACCUUUUUUUGAAAUAAAUUACUAAACGGUGUUUUAAAGCCAGUAUUCAAACAGUAUGUAUAAUGGGUGUUCUUUUUCUCUUUCAAGAAGACGAUGAUCUGAUUGACAGGAAAUACCAUGAGGAUACGAUUACUUACAACUUUAAAGGAUUCUACCCAUUGCUAAUUGUUUUUUACAAUAGCGACAUCUCAUGAUAGCUAAAUCAAAACAACACUGAUUCAUAAGGUUACUGACUACUAUCCUGAAUUCUAUGACUUGAGUUCUCAAUUGAGAUCAUAGUGAUGUUAAGAAUCAGUAGUAUGAAAAUAUGAUUUUUUGCUUUUAUUUCCUGAAGCCGUAUUGCAUUUUGUCUGUGCUCCUUAUUUACUCAUUUCAUCGUUAUUCUUGUUCUCUGUAUUUUUUUACUGUUGAAAAGUUUCAGUGUCUUUGCUUUUUGGUUUGUAGUGGUUUUACAGAUUAUGUCAUUUCAUAAUAUAAAAACUUUGAGGUUUACGAAUGCCUAAUAAGCUCUCCCAGCUAAAACUAAUGGUUUCAUAAAAUACAACUUGCUUUAGACUUGGAACGGUUGUUUUCAUUGUAAACAAUAGAGACAAAAUUAUACUUUAAAAAUAAAUUUCUAUCAAAACGACUGAAAAAGUAAUAGUAAGUAAAUAAAUGCAACCUAACCAGCUCAUGCUUUAAGGCCUUGAGCUUGAUUUUUCAGUACUAUAAUACUAACCAUGUAAUUUUGAUUCAAGGUAAUGGCUGGUAUUCUCAUCUGCAGCUUCCAUUCCGUCAUGUGUAAGUUUAGCCAUUUUAUCAAUAUGUAUCACAACAUUUUUUAGUGUUUGCAAUAAUACUAUAUCCUAAUAUCCAACACUUCAAGCCUUAGUAUUAUCCAUCUGAUUGGUAGUAGGUAUUAGUUUCUAUUCUAGUUUGAAAUCUCACUUUUUUAGCGGAUUAAAUCGAAAAGUGAAUGGGGUGAUGGUUUGAACUAUUGCGUUGGAGUUUGGAAGCUUUAGUCGAUGAACUGCUGCUUUGCUACUGAAAAUCUAUAUGAGUUAUAUUGUAAAUCAUGGGAGUUGUCUUCACAAUUUGGCGCAAAAUUCAGUGGAUUAUUGAAUAUUAACUUUUGUACAUUAACGAUGUUAUUGGUAAAACAUGUUUGAUUGUUACUAUGGGACAUAACUUUUUUGCUUUUUUCAAUAAUCAGUGAAAAAAUAGGUUAUAAAGGGAUCACAUCAUUAUUAUACUAAACACACUUUUAAGAAUUGAAUAAAAUAAAUUUAACCUCAGUUUUCUUCAAAUAAUCUGACAUUGAGAAUAUAUAUUGCCAUUUACGUAGUGUAAAAUAUUAUUACUCUAUUCUUCUGAUAGUUCAAUCCACAGUUCAUGCACAAAUCUUUCUUGUUACGAAGAUUAACUGAUUGUAGAUUUUAUUUCUAUUUGAUCCCACAGAUCUGGAUUACGUAACUCCCCUUUUGGUUCCAAUGACAUUUGAAGCUCUGAUUCACGAAGUUGUUGGGAUAGAAUUAGGUCAAGUUGAAUUACCUCCAGAAUGUGCUGAUGAAUCGACCCCACAGAAACAAAUUCUUGAUAGCACAAAACUACACUACUACAAAGAUAUUAGAGAUGUCCAUAUAUCUCGUGUUCAUUCAUUACUUCUGGAUUGGCGUGGUAAACUUCAAGAUUCACGUGGUGAUUUAGAAAUGCAAUUGGUUAGUCAAAAAUCUGUUGUUCAGCAUAAACAGCAUUCUAGUUCAAACUCAAUUCAGACUACUAGUACUAUUAAUAACACCUGUAAUUUGCGGAAUAUUAGUACACGUCUAGGUUCAUUUUUAGCUAAAAGACGUGAAUUGUCAUUUCUGUUAGCAUGUUUAGAACAAGUAUUAUGUGCAAUGACAAUUAAAGAACGUGUGGAAGAUCUACGUACAGCACAAAGUUUAUUAUUACAAUCCGGUAGCGGGGGAUCUCUUGCAAUUGGUCAAGUUGGAAUUCCCUCUAUUGAUGAUGAAAAUGAUGAUGGUGACUCUAAUGCUCCUGAUCGUAACCGAAAAUUUACUCCAGUUUCAAUUGGUGGUUCAUGUGGUAAUUUAGCAGAUGUUUUAAAUUCCUUCCCUAUGCGUUUAGCUAUCGAAUGGUUGACUACACACCAUGGUGAUCAUCUAAUUGAUGGGCUCCGUCUGGUUGCAUUGAAUUGUGUUUUACAUGAUGGCUUAGGUGAUGAAUUAUACGAGGUAAUGAGUCGCGCCAUAAUACAUGCUGCUGGUCAAAUCACCUUCCCUAUGCUUGAAGCGUUAUCCUCACUUGGGUUAUUAUAUCCCCGUUCUAAACUCCCGGCAAUAUCAUCUGCAAAAACAUCUGUUACAAACAAUCAUCCAACUGACCCACAAUCAAGCAUGUCUGUGGCGCAAACAAAUAACCUAACAAAAAAGUCCAGUCAUGCACUAACUCAUACUGUUGCCAAGCUAAAAUUAACACAACGACAAAAAUCUCGUUACAAUUAUCUACAUCAUUUGUUACAGUUGAGCAAUUGGAAUCAGGCCAAUCGACAUGUUGAUCGUACGGUUAUUUCACCUACAUAUGUUUAUUCUGGUCAGCAUUGUCCCUUAGUUGUUCGGCUUUUAGAGUCUGUUUGGUCAGCUGGUCUUCUAGAUUCUAAAUUUCAAUCUGUUAAAUCAAACUCUUCUUCUGCUGAGCAAAAUCAUUCAGACUUUGAACUAAUUGCCCAGCCACAAUUAAUCGAAGCACUUAAACGAAUGGGUCUUCCAUCUGAAGGUAUGUUUCUCCUUAUAGUGUCAAUUACAAAGAGGAAGUUCCUUGAUAUUUUGUAAGCCUUAUAUUCUUAACUAAUUAGAUUAGAAAUCAAUAUUUUAAAACUGUCAAGUGAUAACUAAAAUAAAAACAAACUUUCUACAUCAACCUUUGAUUUGUACUGUUAUGGCAGUUUGAAUAAUUUAAUUGAAACACUUUAUUUUGCGGUUAGGGCAAUCAAAAUAAAUUUUACAAUUAUUUUUCAUUGUUAUUUUCGGUUUGGGCGCCCGGGUAGUGUAACAGUCCUCACAAAAAUAUAUGAUAACUGUGUGACCCAUAUGCAUUUGGUGCCCUCUUGUACCAAUGUUUAUGUAAUAUGUAUGUUGAGAGUUUUAUUUUUACUAAACAAUAAAUCUUCACAGUCAUAGGUUAGACGAUGUCAUUUCACAUUUCUGCUAGUCAGUAGCACAAGAUUUAUGAAGUGACAAUUGCAUUAGUCAGUAAUUCAUGUAUCAUCAUCAGUACAAAUCCAUUCUUACUAUAUCAUUGUAUUGAAUCAGAUCAAUAAAGCAAAUUGAAUUUGUAUGAAACAUUUUUUGCCUUGCGUUUAUAAACAGUUCUAUUGCCUAUUACUAUCAACUAGAAAACUCUGUAUAGAGAUAUACAAUAUCAUGUAUAUCACACUAAAAUUCUUUCAUCAGUUCAAUCAGUUAGCUUCUAUUGGUUUUAUAUUUAACUAUUUAUGGCUAACGAUAGCUUGACAUAAAUAUAAAGUUAGUAUUAUUAUUCUAUGCUAACCAUUGCUUUUUACUCUCCCCCUCUCCACACAGAAAGACUAAUUUGUAUCCCAUUGUCUUUAGUAGUAUAGGACUCCUCAGCAGUACGCACCCACGAUCCCGCACGCAGGACUCGGACCCAGAACAUCGGUUUCUUGAACGAACAUUUCACCUCUAGACCACUGAGCUGGCAUCCAUUGGUGUUAUUGUCUAACUUCAAUCAAUCCAUGAUCUUGCAUAACCCUUCAUCCCUUGUUUGAGAUGGAUAACUGUCUCACACCCGAUACAGAUUGGACUUCAGUGGUCACGGUUUCUCUCUAGAAUUCCAGGAAAUCCAUCUUGAAGCUAGUCACUUUUGAGAAGAAGAUUAUUAUUAGUACGGGUAUUUAUGGAAAUCGUAGUAUUUUUACGGCUUAAUUCACUAGUCGAUAAUGGGUUGUGCAAGAUCAUGAAUCGAUAGAAGUUAGAUAUUAACACCGUUAGAUGUGAUCUCAGCGAUCUAAAGGUAAAGUGUACGCCCACGAAACCGAAGGUCCUGGGUUCAUAUCCUGUGUACAGAAUUGCAGUUGCUCACUAGGACAAUACGGUCGUCCAAUGCUUCCAGGUUUCCAGUGGUGAUCUAACUUGACUCGUAACUUCAUCUGUGAAAAAACAAAGAAUAUUUUAAUCAUUUUUCAUCUGUUUACUUAUUUUAUAAGAAGUUAUAAUUUUUAUGUAUUUGAAAUGAAAUAAAAACAGCAUGUAACUGUUUAUUAAAUCUCUAGUGAUUCUUUACUUGAUUUGGUUUUAUAAGUGAGUAUAUUGUGAAGUUACUUAUAACUUGUUAAAAUAGUAUACAAGUAGGUUUCUUUUAAUUUUCAGUAGUACCUCAUUACAAAGUGCUUUCAUGAAAUAUGAAAACCAUACAUUAAAUACGUUAUUUGCACAUCCUUCUUCAGUUGUCCUUUACAUUCUUCAUGAUUCUUUCAAUUCUGUUGUUAUUACAAUUGCUCUCGUUUUACAUUCCUGUUCUCUACAAUUCAAUCUUCCGCUGCCAGGCAUCCCACUUCAGAUUGCUGCUACAUAGUACUUAUAUCUGUCAGCAUAAGUUGCAUACGUCAUAUUAUAUAUAACUUUUCCCGAAAUUUUCACAUCAUUCUUCUUACGAUUUUCUCUAUUUCAUUUCAUAACAAAGGGUUCAACUAGAAAUCAAACACCUAUUAAUCUUUUUAAUUCAAAGACUAUUUCACAGAGACUAAUUCUACUGUAUUGAAGUUUUUACUUCACUUACAUAAUAUGAUAAUCGACUGAAAUAUCUGUGAAACAACUAUUAACGUAAACUUUCACUUCUCAUAGUUAUUUUAGUUUAGUUGGUUUAUUAUUAUCAUUGCAAAAAUACUCGUU